CAGCUUUGUAUAGUUUCGUUGCUGUCUACUGUUGACAUCUGCAUCUUCGAAUAAAAGUUUUAACCAUGAUACGGUUUCGUCUAACUGUAAACACGUGUUCUACUUACGCCUUUUUGGAGGAAAGUCUUCAACCCUAACAAGGCAACUGCGCAUGUAUUUUUUUUCAUUCACGAAUGUGGAAGAGCUGUUUAAAACUGAUUUGUUAUAUGAAAAUAAAGUUAUUCAGUGGGUCACUCAAACCAUUUAGUGUACUUUUCCGAGGGUUCAGCGGUACUUUCUUUCUUUUUUCUUUUUCUUUUUUUUUUUUUUCGGAAACGUCUGCCUGAAUGUUUGGAAAGAUGGUUGAACUUUUCGCCAGUGUUUAGAGAGGAACUGGUCUGAUAUUUUUUGUGUUUAUAUUCCUUAGGCUCACCUCUUGAAUGUGUUUGACAAUGUGAAAAAUGUGGAAUUUCACGAAAAGGACUACGAUAGGAUCUUAGCCAUAAUCUCGUCUGAAGGCGAGACUGUCCAAGUAAGUUUAAAUCAUUUCUGACCUUUUUUUGGGUCUUAACAUGUCACGUUUCUUUGCUUGUGCGUGAAAAAGACACUAGGGGGUGCUUACCAUUUACAAAAAACCCUCAUCUUGUGCAUAGCCUGCAUAACAGGCGCUCUAUGAGCCAAGCGAGGCGAACGCGUCAUUUUGCGAGAAGCGCGAAACGAGUGCGAAGCGCGAGACGAGGGGAGGUUAGAGAGGGGGACUCGUUGCUUACAAGCGCAGUUUCAUUUUGUCAACAGCUUGAGACCCCAGUCAUGGCUAAAGGAAACGUAGAGCUGUGGUUAGGAGACUUGCUUAAUCAAGCUAUGAACUCACUACACGCUGUUAUCAGAGAUGCUUAUCUUGCUAUUAACGAUGGCGGCUUCAAUCUUAUGAACUUUCUGGGCCAGUUCCCCUCACAGGUUAGUUCACUACCCAGCUUUUUUCAGGGCAUUCCUCCCAGAUACUGAAACCAAUGUGUUCAAGGCUACCUACAUUCCUUCUAAAGCUCUGCAAAUGCAUACCAAGUGCUGCUAUAAAGGUAUUUCUCCGGCAAUGUUAAUCUUUUACAAAUUAUAUUAUAGUUUUUUUGCCGUUAUUUCCCCGAAAAUCUUAGAUCCUGCGUAUUCGCAGCAAGUAAGGUGUCUGUAUCACAGUCACACCAACUAAAUAAGGACACCAAUAGGGGAAAGCAGGGCGGAUAAAUGUUGGGCGGUGAAACGAGCGCUCCGCUCUUCAUUUAAUGUGUGAUGCGGAGUAGGACUGGCACGAGCGCUCUUUCCGCCCUGGGGCAAAGUCGAGUGUCCGCUUUACGAAGUGGUGUCCCUGUUGUCAUAAAGAGGUAAAGAUUGUAUGAAGUUUGACAUCUUCGACCCGUAAUAGAGAGAACUCCGUAAUACGUUUCGCCAUCGCUUUACAUGGUCUGAGAAAAAUUAACUAAGUUCCCACCUUCCCUCACAUUUUUCUUGUUGUUGUUUUUGAGAGCAUACUAGCAAAUUACGGUAUUUUAAUUUCUGUCCACCAUUAUCAGGUUGGAUUGCUAGGUAUUCAGAUGAUAUGGACCAGAGACGCGGAAGAAGCACUUAAGAACGCACGGUCUGACAAGAAGGUCAUGGCGGCCACUAACCAGAAGUUUCUUAAUCUGUUGAACUCACUGAUUGAAGUCACCACACAAGAACUAACCAAGAUGGAGAGAACCAAAUUUGAGACCUUUGUCACUAUUCACGUGCAUCAGAGAGAUAUUUUCGAUGACCUCGUAAGUUAAAAUGAGAGUUAACUGUCAUCCCCUGCAUUAGCCAUCAUAUCUAAACUAUAUACGCAAGAAUGUUGACUUAAUCUUCUCAGGUCUUGUUUUAAAAUUCUUAGUCUCUUUAAAAAAAAAAAAAAACAGUUGUGUUGUGACUGUUGGUUAUAUUAUGGCAUGUCGGAAUACAAUUCUGUUGUGCCAGUUUUUAAUUUGCAUAUUUUUUAUUGAUAGGCCAAUUUCGACUUUCUUCAAGCCUUUGUUUCAAAGUGGGGCUAAGUGAGAAGCCAUUGAUAUGAAAAUGAAUUUUUAUUCUCAGGCAAAUAAACUCAUUUUCACAACAAAGGUUUUGUUCUUGCCUUGUUUUGAAAGUGGGAGUUUUUGGAACUUGGAAAUGGCCUAUUUCAACAAGGAAGACUGCCGUCUCCAUCUGUUAUUGCCUUCUGAGAUUGAUAGGGGAUUUAAAUCUAAAACUAGUAAUAACCAAAGUUUACAGAGUGCAGGCGACAACAAUCUAAGGUCAAAACGAUUUUGCUCCAUUGCUAUGUGUUGCGCAAGUUUUACGUGACAGAUAGUAUACAUACGCGUGAUCUGAUUACGAGUAAGAGAGGGUCCAAAUGCGCGUGAUGUGAAAGUGCAACUGCAACGCAUGUAUAAUAACAACCUGGGCCGGGUUGUUCGAAUCGGGGUUAAGAUAACCCAGGGUAGGUGCGAAAUUUGAUCUCAAAUAUGAGAGCUUAAAAAGCAAAUUCAGUGUAAUUCUCUUUGCCUACAAUUUGAUGAUUGGAUACUCUACAAAGAAUACAGAAAAUUAUCCCAGAGAGUGCUUUUGAUAACAAGAAAAAGAAACCCGGGUUAAAAUUUAACCCCAGAUUAGCGUUAACCGGCGUUCGAACAACUGGGCCCUGGAGAUUAGGAUUGCGGGCUCCUCUUGUCGCCUGCAACAAUGUGCUAUACAAAGUAAUUUCACCCACAUCACCCUCAGCCAGGGAAAGAGAAAAGAAGUUCAUAACCUGACAAAUGAAUUUCUGAUUUUAUUAAGAAAGAUAUCAAUAUGUUUUUAAAUUUGUCUUUCCUUUUGACGCACAGGUCAAGAUGCACAUCCGCUCAGUUACAGACUUUGAAUGGCUAAAGCAGUCUCGUUUCUACUUUAAAGAAGACAUCGAUGACUGCAUCAUCUCGAUCACGGACGUGGACUUUAGUUACCAGAACGAAUUUCUGGGCUGCACAGACAGACUCGUUAUCACUCCCCUCACGGACAGAUGUUACAUAACUCUGGCUCAGGCAUUGGGCAUGUCAAUGGGUGGAGCACCCGCUGGACCGGCUGGUACUGGAAAGACGGGUGGGUCAAAGCACAGCUCUUCUUAAACAAUAAAGGGAGCCAUAUCUUGCCCUUCCCUCCUUUCGUCCAUUAAAUCCUUAUCACUGAUUUCUCUUGCCUUUGUCAGGAGAGGACAUUUACUAUAAAACCUUACCACAGCAUAGUGGCCACAGUCUCUCUAGCAGAAACGUUUUUUGGGGCUAAAGAGGUCGGACAGUAACCCAUUUCUUAACAGAGUAAUGCAGCAGUUUAAACUUCUAAGUCCUUGGACAAAAUUCUGAGGUGUAAACAUUUGAAUGAAACCUCAACGGCGUUAUAGAGAUUUAGAGUGACGUUUACGGCAAACGGCAAACAUCAGAUUCAAGUUGAGAAAAACGGUCCAAAACAGCUGUUAAAGACANUUAAAAAAAAAAAAAAACAGUUGUGUUGUGACUGUUGGUUAUAUUAUGGCAUGUCGGAAUACAAUUCUGUUGUGCCAGUUUUUAAUUUGCAUAUUUUUUAUUGAUAGGCCAAUUUCGACUUUCUUCAAGCCUUUGUUUCAAAGUGGGGCUAAGUGAGAAGCCAUUGAUAUGAAAAUGAAUUUUUAUUCUCAGGCAAAUAAACUCAUUUUCACAACAAAGGUUUUGUUCUUGCCUUGUUUUGAAAGUGGGAGUUUUUGGAACUUGGAAAUGGCCUAUUUCAACAAGGAAGACUGCCGUCUCCAUCUGUUAUUGCCUUCUGAGAUUGAUAGGGGAUUUAAAUCUAAAACUAGUAAUAACCAAAGUUUACAGAGUGCAGGCGACAACAAUCUAAGGUCAAAACGAUUUUGCUCCAUUGCUAUGUGUUGCGCAAGUUUUACGUGACAGAUAGUAUACAUACGCGUGAUCUGAUUACGAGUAAGAGAGGGUCCAAAUGCGCGUGAUGUGAAAGUGCAACUGCAACGCAUGUAUAAUAACAACCUGGGCCGGGUUGUUCGAAUCGGGGUUAAGAUAACCCAGGGUAGGUGCGAAAUUUGAUCUCAAAUAUGAGAGCUUAAAAAGCAAAUUCAGUGUAAUUCUCUUUGCCUACAAUUUGAUGAUUGGAUACUCUACAAAGAAUACAGAAAAUUAUCCCAGAGAGUGCUUUUGAUAACAAGAAAAAGAAACCCGGGUUAAAAUUUAACCCCAGAUUAGCGUUAACCGGCGUUCGAACAACUGGGCCCUGGAGAUUAGGAUUGCGGGCUCCUCUUGUCGCCUGCAACAAUGUGCUAUACAAAGUAAUUUCACCCACAUCACCCUCAGCCAGGGAAAGAGAAAAGAAGUUCAUAACCUGACAAAUGAAUUUCUGAUUUUAUUAAGAAAGAUAUCAAUAUGUUUUUAAAUUUGUCUUUCCUUUUGACGCACAGGUCAAGAUGCACAUCCGCUCAGUUACAGACUUUGAAUGGCUAAAGCAGUCUCGUUUCUACUUUAAAGAAGACAUCGAUGACUGCAUCAUCUCGAUCACGGACGUGGACUUUAGUUACCAGAACGAAUUUCUGGGCUGCACAGACAGACUCGUUAUCACUCCCCUCACGGACAGAUGUUACAUAACUCUGGCUCAGGCAUUGGGCAUGUCAAUGGGUGGAGCACCCGCUGGACCGGCUGGUACUGGAAAGACGGGUGGGUCAAAGCACAGCUCUUCUUAAACAAUAAAGGGAGCCAUAUCUUGCCCUUCCCUCCUUUCGUCCAUUAAAUCCUUAUCACUGAUUUCUCUUGCCUUUGUCAGGAGAGGACAUUUACUAUAAAACCUUACCACAGCAUAGUGGCCACAGUCUCUCUAGCAGAAACGUUUUUUGGGGCUAAAGAGGUCGGACAGUAACCCAUUUCUUAACAGAGUAAUGCAGCAGUUUAAACUUCUAAGUCCUUGGACAAAAUUCUGAGGUGUAAACAUUUGAAUGAAACCUCAACGGCGUUAUAGAGAUUUAGAGUGACGUUUACGGCAAACGGCAAACAUCAGAUUCAAGUUGAGAAAAACGGUCCAAAACAGCUGUUAAAGACAUAACUAACGUGAAGCUACUGAUUUUGGGGUAGAACGAAGUAAUGAAUAGUAGAGCACAAGUUAAGGGAAAGCUUGGUCACGUGGUACAAAUUCACGUUUGCCGUUUGCCGUAAACUGAAAGUAGCUCCAAAUCUCUCUAUUGCCUCUGUUUCGCGCCAUUCUUUCGAAAUGAAAUAAUGGAUUUUCAAUCCUGUUAAGAGUAAGGGUGAUGAGGUUCUUAGGCAAUGAAAACGUGUUUCCACUCAACACAGGAUUGUAAGGGAGGUAUCUUCUCCUGCUUAUCAUUUGUUCUUCUUUCUAUCCUAGAAACAACUAAAGACAUGGGAAAGGCUCUUGGAAAGUACGUCGUUGUUUUUAAUUGCUCUGAUCAGAUGGACUUCAGGGGACUUGGUCGAAUUUACAAAGGUAGAAAACUGUCACAACAAUAAAAUUUCUGUUCACAAGAAAGACAUCGUCAUACCAUUUUCUCUUAUCGCUUGUUCUAUUUUUGGGGAGCAAGUUUGGCACAGUGGUGAAAGAAUUCGCCUUUCUCCAAUGUGGCCCGGGUUCAAGUCCCGGUGUCGAAGCCAUAUCUGGGUUGAGUUUGUUGUUAGUUCUCUCCUUUGCUGCGAGAGGUUUUCCUCCGGGUAUUCCGGUUUUCCCCUCUCUUCAAGAACCAACACUUCCAAAUUCCAAUUAGAUCGUAAGAACUCCAAAGUGCCUCUUAAAAAAAAAACAAAUUACAAUGCAAUUACAAUACAAUAACGACCAGAAGUGGUACAAAUAACGCUUUUGUUAGACAAGUAAAUUUAUAUAUUGUAUUGUUUAUAGUAAGUUGAUUUGGCCCUCUGAUUCUUCCAUUGUCUGACAGGCUUGGCGCAGUCUGGAAGCUGGGGCUGUUUUGAUGAGUUCAAUCGUAUCGAGUUGCCUGUGUUAUCAGUUGCCGCCCAACAAAUCUACAUCGUGNUAAAGACAUGGGAAAGGCUCUUGGAAAGUACGUCGUUGUUUUUAAUUGCUCUGAUCAGAUGGACUUCAGGGGACUUGGUCGAAUUUACAAAGGUAGAAAACUGUCACAACAAUAAAAUUUCUGUUCACAAGAAAGACAUCGUCAUACCAUUUUCUCUUAUCGCUUGUUCUAUUUUUGGGGAGCAAGUUUGGCACAGUGGUGAAAGAAUUCGCCUUUCUCCAAUGUGGCCCGGGUUCAAGUCCCGGUGUCGAAGCCAUAUCUGGGUUGAGUUUGUUGUUAGUUCUCUCCUUUGCUGCGAGAGGUUUUCCUCCGGGUAUUCCGGUUUUCCCCUCUCUUCAAGAACCAACACUUCCAAAUUCCAAUUAGAUCGUAAGAACUCCAAAGUGCCUCUUAAAAAAAAAACAAAUUACAAUGCAAUUACAAUACAAUAACGACCAGAAGUGGUACAAAUAACGCUUUUGUUAGACAAGUAAAUUUAUAUAUUGUAUUGUUUAUAGUAAGUUGAUUUGGCCCUCUGAUUCUUCCAUUGUCUGACAGGCUUGGCGCAGUCUGGAAGCUGGGGCUGUUUUGAUGAGUUCAAUCGUAUCGAGUUGCCUGUGUUAUCAGUUGCCGCCCAACAAAUCUACAUCGUGUUAACAGCAAAAAAGGACAGAAAGAAACAGUUUAUUUUCACGGAUGGCGAUGUGGUUGAUCUCAACCCGGAAUUUGGUAUAUUUCUUACCAUGGUGAGUGAUAUUCAUUAUAUAAUGGAUAAAGUAUGAGACGAGAAGGGAUGGAAAACUAUUGUGUCGUAAUUGUUAGAUGUAAUAUAUCAAGCAUGAGAUGCAGUGUUUCAUCACCAGAUGAAACACUGAGAAGAGAGUUGAAAAUGAGACGCGCAGCGGUUUUUUUUUUGACGAACGUGGAGGUGUUUCUUCGAUCUGGUGAUGAAACACUGUGUCGAAUGCUUGAUUUUACUUCUCAAACAAAAUGAUUUUAGAAGGAGAAAUUAAGGAUGCAAAAAUGAGCAGUUUUUCAUCUCAUUUCCAAACACUCUUUAAACUUUUUGUAUUUUCUCUAUGAAUUAUUAAUGAGUUUGAUAAGUAGAUGUUAAUCUCUAGUUCGGCUUAGAACUUUGUAUCACUUUUUCGAUUUCUAGUGCCGUUUUGCAGUUUUCAGAUGAUUAAAACGUUUUGUGACAUUCUCCCUGGACAAAAUAUGUUGCACCUUGCUAUUGAGAGGAGCCGAUAAUAUUCUAUUCAACAUAAUAGCAUCGGAUCAGUAUAACAUUGUAGGUAACUGCCCUCGUGCCUUUUUCCCAAGAAAUUGGUUCAAGCCGACCACGCCCAUUUGAUAUGUCGUAUCUCUUGGUUUUGAAGAAAAAGUAGACAGCCACUUCAGUGUAUUAACCAACCGGAUUAUACGGAACUUGUACUUAACGUUUCCUUCUAUGUAUUACUUAUCUGUUGAUGUAGAAUCCUGGAUAUGCGGGUCGCCAGGAAUUGCCGGAGAAUCUCAAAGUUCAGUUUCGCACAGUGGCCAUGAUGGUUCCUGACAGACAGGUAUGAGCUGCUUGAAAACUUUCGUAUUUUUGAUGGUCGGCGUCUAUAUUAGUUUUCUUUCAAUGCUUUAUGACGUUUUUAUUUUAUGAUAUGUCCUGCAAAAGAUUAUUUGUCAUUUCCUUUUUAGUGUAGUGCUUAAUAGCUUCACUUGUUUAUUGGAUCGUAUUUUUCACAGAUCAUUAUGCGUGUCAAACUCGCUAGCUGUGGUUUUAUCGAGAACGUUAUUCUGGCUCAAAAGUUCUUCACACUGUACAAGCUCUGCGAAGAACAGCUCAGCAAACAGGUAAAAUGUCUAAACCCCCAACCUUUACCCCACCUUUACCCCACCUUUACCCCAGGUAGACAACAAACUAGUCUCUCGUCGUACACCCCACCCUUAAGCCCAGCAGGUGGUAAACGAAAACGUCCCUUGCUGUACAUCCAACAUUCAGCCUAAGUAGGCAACGAAGUGCCCCCUCGCCAUAUACCCCACCUUCACCAAGGUAGACAACGAAGUCGUCCUUCGCCGUUCAGCCCACCUUUAUCCCGCGUAGACAACGAAGUCUUCCUUCGCCGUACACCCCACCGUUUCUCUCUAACUCAGUUAAGUUUGAUUUUCUCUAGGUUCAUUAUGACUUUGGUUUGAGGAACAUCCUGUCAGUUUUGCGUACACUGGGAGCCGCCAAACGAGCCAACCCACAAGACAGCGAGAGUACCACUGUAAUGAGAGUGCUAAGAGACAUGAACCUCUCCAAACUGGUAAGAAACUGCUAAAAAUGGGAUCAAAACAGCACCACAAUAGCAAAUAGAGUGACUUAGCACAAACUUCCGGCGCGCAAUUUACCGCAUUAUCAUUGGUCAAGCCGAUGUUUUGAUUUGCCCGCGCCGUUAUUAUUUCCGUCAGGUUGUCUACUAAAUCUGCCUAAUUAGUUUCGGGUAGUUACAUAACACAAGGUGAAGUAGGAGACUUGACUGUUUACAAACAUUUUUUCUGUUUUUCAAAUUGUAACAAGUGAAACAAAAGAAUCUUUAGUUACAAGAACCAAUGCGCUUCUUUUUGGCACGAGAUAUCAAUUUCGCAUUAUUUUUCAUGGCUGACAUCAUUGUUGUCUUCGAUUUUUCAGGUCGAUGAAGAUGAACCUCUUUUCCUAAGCUUGAUCAAUGAUUUAUUCCCGGGAAUUGUUCUUGACAAGGCGGGUUACCCUGAACUAGAGUCCAUGAUCCAGAAACACGUGGAAGAAGCAGGACUCAUUUUUCACCCUCCCUGGAUUCUUAAACUCAUCCAAGUUAGUAAAUUGUUUGUACAACCCUUUAAGACUGUGUCAUUCUCAGCUUUAUCUUUAUUUUCUCUUCCCUUCGGAUCUGUUAUGUUAAGAGUAAGAAAAAAGGCGUUGUCUUUUUUGGUUUGAGCCUAACUCAAAAUCAAGCUUAGAUACGAUCAGGAGGGGGAUAUUGGGGUACCCCUUUUAGAGUACACGCCCUUUCCUGUUACAGUCUGCGUGUUUCUCUGCCUUCUCAUCUCUUUCGUUUCCCAUAGGAUAUAGUAUCUCCUAAGUUAUGAAGGAAAUGAAGAAGUGCUUUCUUUUACUCUGAUUUCGCCCGCCAAAAGCACUGAUUAUGCGCAUGAGCUUAGCUAUCUCAUGGGAUCGCUGUGCAGUGAUGACGAGUUAGAAUCAUAUUCAAGUCGCAAGUGCGACUUAAAUAUUUCAACUCUCGGAGUAUUCGCCUUUCCCUGAUGUUAAAAAGAGGGUAAAAAACAAUACGACUGGGACAAUGUGAUUUAAGUGACAAAUGAUUACCCAAAUUAGGCAAACGACAUUUGAAAAUCGUAUCUGCGUCUCUUAACUGGUCAAGACUACCCUUAAACAUGCCCCUCUUCUGACCUAUGAUCGUAUCAAUUUCUAACGUUUCUGUUAACAGCAGUUUUAUUUUUCUAAAAUUGAAAAUUUUGUUUACCAGUUUAUGUUUCAAUUAUCUACUUUCCUCCAGUUGUAUGAGACUCAGCGUGUUCGCCAUGGUAUGAUGACCCUGGGUCCCAGUGGAGCCGGCAAGACAAUGUGUAUUAACAUUUUAAUGAAAGCCAUGGGGGACUGCGGUGCUCCCCAUCGGGAAAUGCGCAUGAAUCCUAAAGCCAUCACUGCGCCACAGAUGUUUGGUCGCCUUGACGUAGCCACAAAUGACUGGACAGACGGUAUCUUCUCUACACUUUGGAGAAAGACACUCAAGGCAAAGAAAGGUUGCUACUCAGUUAACUGCUUGAUACUCCGUCAGAUUACCGCUGGUUUAGCCUCGAUCUCAAGUAAAAUGUUCACGAAUACUGGCAGGGAGAUGUCUGAAAUUUGAAACUGAAAAAGUUAAAUGUGAAAAGGUCUACUUUUCAUUGGAAUUUGUGAAUAUAUUCACUCCAGAUGGAGGCUAACCCUGUAAAAAUGCGUGUUCAGGGCUAUAAUUUUUGAGCUCACGGUGAACUCGAAAUUGUGGUUAUUACACUUCUAUUCUUUCGAGUGAAACGCACUGAGUCGUUAGUCGCAUACAAAUCGAAAAAGAAGUACAGGAAAUCAGUCAAAGCACACAAAGACAAUAUUCUUAAACAAUUCAUUUUAAAAAUUUUUGGAACAUGCCUUCCAGACCCUCCUGGUAACCGUCGCACCUAGCAAACUAAAUUCUGCCUAUGGGCUUGUGUCUGUAUUGAAAUUUUUUCCCUGUCCAAUGUUGUAGGAGAGCACAUCUGGAUCGUUCUGGAUGGACCCGUGGAUGCCAUAUGGAUUGAGAACCUGAACAGUGUACUUGAUGACAACAAGACCCUCACGCUAGCCAACGGUGAUCGCAUUCCCAUGUCUCCUCAGUGUAAGGUUGUUUUUGAACCACACAACAUCGAUAACGCUUCUCCGGCCACAGUAUCGCGUAAUGGAAUGGUGUACAUGAGCUCAUCUGUCAUGGACUGGAGGCCUAUAGUCAAGGUAACGAUGUGCUUUCAAGUCUAAAAGAACUUUACAAACUAUUAACUAGGAAUUAAUUGUAGAAAUGUGUAGUCUUAACUGCAACGCUCCAGCAUAGCGCAAUUCAAAAGGUGGAUGGCACUAUCCACAAGAUAACUUUCUACCCAGUGGACAGUGCAAUUGAUUUCCUUAACACUUUUCCGCUUGAUAAUGAUUCAUUCUGUGCAUAGUGCUUUCCAACGUUUUAGCAACUGGGGCCAGAUUAAAAAUAAGCGGUAACAAGGGAUAACCAAUAUUCUGUGACCAUGACAUGACGUGACAUGAGUCCGUGAACGAACAUGAGUGUCUCCAAGAAUGUACUUCCUAUAUGCAUGGAUACUGUAUCCCCACGCUGUACAGGUCUUAGACUUUGUUCUCAGAAACCUUUUGGCCCUAGUUAUUUAAAAGGUGCAUAGUGCUAUUCACUGAACAAAUCUCUACCCGCUGGAUAACGCAAUUAGCUUCCCUAAUACUUAUCCCCCGGAGAGUGACUUAUCCAUUGGAUAGCGCACCCCAAAGUUUGGAAACCCAGUGCUUGGUAAGUCCCGUGUACCAUGACACUCAACUUUUCCUUGUUUUGUAAAUAUUCAGAUUCGUUUCUAAAUAAAGCGACCAAUUUUCAGCCGGAUGUGGGUUUCUGUAAUUUUAGCGGUUACCAAUAGGUCUUCUUUACCGAUUCCUUUUGAUGUGUUGUUAGGCGUGGCUGAACAAGAGAGAGCCACAGGAGCACGAUGUACUGGAGCAGUUGUUCGAGUGCGUGUUUGAUGAGGUUUACACUUACGUCAAGCAGAACCUGAAUCCAAAGAUGGUAGUGUUGGAGUGUAAUGUCAUCACACAGGUCUGUGCACUUUAAUAGGCAUUUGGAAAUGCUCGAUCGAGGAAAAAAAGGAAAAUGAAUUCAUUUUGGAUUCAUAUUUUUAGCAGCAAAAGAAAGAGCAUAAUAAAAUUAUGUAACUUGUAAAUUGCUAGCCAUAUAUAUCCAAAUGAGCGAUUGCAACGACCGCCGAAAAUUAGAAUGAUUUAUAUGGGAAAACAACUGUUUUAAAUUAUUUCCUUUAUUCAUUUAAGGCCUCAAAUUCUCUUCAGUUCAUAACAGAAAACAGUUACCCAGUUAUAUACGAUACAGUUUAUAGACGUUGAAUACGUAAUAUACGUUUCAGCUACUCUGAUCUUCCACCUAUUCUAAUAUUCUUUUACCGUCCUCUCUUCAACUCCAGUGCCUUGACCUUCUUCAAGGUCUUAUUCCAAGUAAAGAGGAGCAUGGCAUUCUGAGUGCCACCCAUUUGAGCCGUCUGUUUGUGUUUGCUCUCAUGUGGGGAGUGGGUGCCCUCCUUGAACUGGACGAUCGCGCUAAGAUGGAAGAAUUCCUUGUUAAACACGGCAAGCUACCUUUACCUGACAUAGAUGAGGACAGUUUUGACACCAUUUUUGAGUUUGUUGUAGAUGACUGCGGUAAGUGGGCGUUAUAAAAGUGUUAAGACUUUGCUUUCCAGAGGCUCAAUGCGGUUUUACGGAUCUUACACGGCUUUUCGCGGCGUACUCACCUCAAAAAUUUGCUGCAUAUCCCUGAUUCAAUAGGGGUUACUUUGGGUAUUGGGCAAUUGCGCACUGGAAAUGUAUUGUUUGGCGGUCACUCAAGCAAAUCAGUCUCAAAUCAUUUUAGUGAGUUCCGUCUGCUCAAAUUUCCAAAGCCUAAUUGCUCAUGACACAUUGCCAAAGCAACUUUAAUUAAAUCAUGUAUAUUCAGUAACUGAGUUUCUUAAGUUUUUCAAGUUUUUAUAAUGAAGUGUUGUCUUUCUUUACCGUCAAAAGAAUAUAAUGGAAUUGUUCCUAAGGACAGGGAAAAAAUUGGCCAAUAGCUUACCGGCUAUGCCAGAAAGAAUUGCGGAACGCAAUUUUGCUGUAGUUUUCAUAUCGUUUCUAAAGAGAACCUGCGGUCCGUUUCUCGAAAGUCCCGAUAAUUAACGGACCCGGUAUGCUGUCUCCGUUUACAUUAAAGAUCCAGGUUACAAUAGUUUUGCAUCUAACAUGAUAAAACUGUCAGUUAAUGAAACAAAAUGGAGUAGUUUGCUAGUCAGGACCUGCGCUCUUAUUCUUUAUAUUUCGAUUAGAAUAUCUGAUAUCGGGCCCGUAAAGUUACCGGGACUUUCGAGAAACGGGCCCCUGGCAAAUGACUGUGCGAUUAAUAAUCUUAUGCGGUUUUUAAGGAGGGUGCGAAGUUUAACCCCAUUGAUUUGCUUAUGUUACUAGGCAACUGGGAGCAUUGGAGGAACCGAGUGCAGGAGUACAUCUAUCCAUCGGAUUCCAAACCUGAAUAUUCCUCUAUCCUAGUACCAAAUGUCGACAAUGUCCGAACAAGUUUCCUUAUGGAGACUAUUGCCAAGCAGCAUAAGGUAUGCUGUAUAACGCGCACAUGCACAAAAGGGAAACCGAGUAUGAUCAGCAUUUUCGAACUCGGGAUAAGAGCAACUAAACGAGGCUAUCGUUGAUUAACACUUCCAGAUGUAAACUAAGAAUUUUUUCCUGAUUUUUUUCCCUGCACUUUCCAGUUGAAGGUGUUAGGUUUUCAGUCACGACAUUUAAGCUAAAUUUAAGGGAGUAAUAACGGGCUUUGCUGUUGCUAUGGUUGCCAUGUUUUGAUUUCUGUACGUAACAACAACUGAUAAAAUCAAGUAAUGUUGUUCCUUCAAUUUAUCAUUACAUUUUAAAGGCCAAAAACUGUUGCGAACCACCUGGAUACUGUAAAUUUAGGUAAAUGGGGUAGAAAGUUUAAGUUCUCCUCUUUAAAAAGAAAACAUUCAGGAGCCCUGAUCUUUGUUUGUAGGCGGUGCUGCUUAUUGGCGAACAAGGUACAGCCAAGACAGUGAUGAUCAAAGGCUACCUGGCAAAGUACAAUCCCGAAGCUCACGUGAGUAAGAGUGUGAACUUCUCCUCGGCAACCACUCCAAUGCUAUUCCAGGUAAGUUAGCCCUACUCAGGCAAGUCAAUAGAGAGCUCAAGCAAUAGCGGUUUUGAGCGACCGACGUCAACCGGAAGUGGACUAUUUGCAUCAUUGGGCAGUAGUUUGGUUGAAGGCCUCACUUCCGGUUGACGUGCGUCGGUCAAAAACGUCUUUGCUUAAGUUUCUUACCGACCCCAGGGCCCGGUUGAAUAGAGCAACUUAAUAUUACGAGAGAAUAUUCUGCAACUGUUUUCCAUGUUUCUAAUUAUCGCUUGUACUCUCUUUGUGUCUCCUAUGUUCGCUACUUCGGUUGACGUAUUCUUUCCAGACUGCAGAAAGUCCUCUGGAACAAAGGGUUGCUACUUUACCUUAAGUUGCAUAUGUAAUCGGGCCCUUGUGAGGUCCAGGUCAUAUUGAACAAAGGCUACUUGAAGCACGAAAACAAACUUGCGCAUAUAUUUCGCCAAACGGACGUAAUAGUAAGGUGUUUGUAAGAUGCCGCAAUGUUCAUGACGAGCAAACAGGGACUUGAACGACUGUAUAAUAGUGAAACCCGUUAAUACGGUUACCAAUGGGUCAUAAAAAAUUGGCCAAAAAAAGUGGCCGUAAUAACGAGGUGACCGUAUUAUCGAGGUAGCCGUAAGGCGGGGUUUCAAUGUACUUAUUUUGGGAAACAACUUCAGCGAAGAAGUGGUCGUGUCCAAGGAAAUGACACGUGCCUGGUGAUCAGUGUAUGUGACCCACAUUUUCUGAUUGAAUUGAAAAUCUUUAACGUUGUAAAAUCUCCUUAUUAGCGGACCAUUGAGAGCUAUGUGGACAAACGAGUUGGUACAACGUACGGUCCUCCCGCUGGCCGGAAAAUGACCUGCUUCAUUGAUGACAUCAACAUGCCCAUAAUCAAUGAAUGGGGUGACCAGGUUAGUUAUGAUGGCUGGUUUGCACAAAUUCGUCAUGUGCUGUGCGUUAUGACGUCAUUUAUCAUCCCUUCCUUAUCGAUUCUCAAUAUUUGAAGAGGUUGGGGGUUGACAGCCCUCCUAGCAUACCUUCUCCUCUGCUGGAAACUCUAAUGCAGUGUACCUUGCAUUGUUACGUAGAUAACCAAUGAAAUUGUUCGUCAAGUCAUGGAACAACAAGGUUUUUACAAUCUGGAGAAACCUGGCGAGUUCACGCACAUUGUCGACAUCCAGUUUAUCGCGGCAAUGAUUCAUCCAGGGGGAGGAAGAAAUGAUAUUCCUGAACGAUUGAAACGACAGUUUUCUAUCUUUAACUGUACCUUGCCUUCAAAUGCCUCUAUAGAUAAAAUCUUCGGUAAGUUNUGCUGGAAACUCUAAUGCAGUGUACCUUGCAUUGUUACGUAGAUAACCAAUGAAAUUGUUCGUCAAGUCAUGGAACAACAAGGUUUUUACAAUCUGGAGAAACCUGGCGAGUUCACGCACAUUGUCGACAUCCAGUUUAUCGCGGCAAUGAUUCAUCCAGGGGGAGGAAGAAAUGAUAUUCCUGAACGAUUGAAACGACAGUUUUCUAUCUUUAACUGUACCUUGCCUUCAAAUGCCUCUAUAGAUAAAAUCUUCGGUAAGUUACCAGAUUUACUCCAAUCAAAUUUUAGGUUAAUAGUUUCUUCUGAUUUGUUCCCUUUUCUAAAAACAUUGCAGCUUUCGGCGUCCAUUGUUAAAUUUUCUUAAAGGUUUCAAACUGAACGCCGAAAGCUCAGUUUCAAAAACAUGUUAAGCCGUGCACUCUCUCUACCUGAGAUGAAUUUUUAUCCUGUUUACCCUCCCAUGUUUCAUCGUCAAUUAUAUCUUUUUUUUUUAUUUACCGCUAUAUUUUUUACCCUGUUAAAUAUGCUGCACGUUAUUUUAAUAGCAAUAGUGAGUAGAAGAAAGGUGGAAUUGCUUGAGAGCCAUGAUAGACUCAAACUCAAAAAAGUAUUUUCUUGAUGACCAUGAAAUACUUUUGUAAGAGACAGUUCUUGUCGAAGCGUUUACUGUCCUUAGUACCUUUGAAAGACAGAAGAAAAAUUCAUCGGUAUGGAACGUUUUAGCAAGUACACAACAUGGUGAUCGCUUUACCGGUACCACAUUACUUCCAGCAGGCGCUGCGUUUGACAAGAAGCCGCUCGACGCAUAUUCAACCUAACUCUCGUCAUGACUGUCAUCUCUUAAGCUUCUUUCCGGGAACUGUAAAGGAUUGGAACCUAAUCCCCUUUACGAAAGUUAUUGAAAUUUUUGUUUUUACCUUAGCUAUAAGUUUUAAGUUUAUCUUAUAUUUCUUAUUGUCUCUUUUCGAUGCGAAAGCGUUAAGGAGUAUGUAAGAAGAAGUAGAAGCGCCGGCAGCGCCAGUCAGGAACCGGGUUCCACGAGAUUCUUGUUCCUCUCUUCAAAAUUGUAUGAUAAUAACUCUCCUUUUGUUCUUUUUCUUUUUGUCUUACACCAACCAAGGUGUUAUUGGUACUGGCUACUUCUGUUCGUCGCGUUUUUCGGAUGAAGUUUGUAGCACUGUAGCUGAGCUCGUGACCUGUACAAGGAUCCUCUGGCAGAAAACCAAGGUAUGUAAUCGCUGCUAUUAGAAUACAGCUCUCUAUUUUUCCUUAUUAUUUUUUUAAAAAAAUCUCUAUGGAUGUUACAUGGUGCCAUGCCUGCUUGGGUUUAGUAUCAAAAGUCGGGUUUAUAUUACAGAAAACAGAGUGUAGAGGAAGCAAGGUUUUAGUUUUUUUUUUGUCAAAGCUAACAAGUCAGCCUGACGCGUAUCUAUUGGGGGAAAAAUGGCUACUGGUACUGGCUAAAUUCCGUCUCACUCACAUGCCUUUUAUUGUAGGUUAAGAUGUUACCUACGCCUGCUAAAUUUCACUAUAUCUUUAAUCUGCGUGAUCUUUCCCGCAUCUGGGAAGGCAUGCUGAACGUGGCCGGAGAAGAAGUUGACACGAUGAAGCUUGCAUUGGCACUUUGGAAACACGAGUGCACUCGAGUGAUAGCCGACCGCUUUACCAACGAAGCCGACCGCAAGUGGUUUGAAAAGACCUCGACCAAAGUGAUCCAAGAUCAUAUGGAAGAUGACGCGGUGAACCAGCUGUUGGAUGAGCCCUACUUUGUGGACUUUCUCAGGUGACUGUCCUUAUGUACGUUCGCGCCAAAAUUAAAAAUUCCAUGCGCAUGCUCUUGUGAAGAGCCAUAAAAGUUAGGAUACCUCGUUCCCAGUCUUCUUGGCGUUUUAUGAUGUGACGUCACUUCAAGCGUGAUGGAAAAAUUCGCGUUUGGUGCCAAGCCUCCUCUGCUCGAUCACAAAGCGAACUGACCUGGGAACGAGACUGAAGCAAAAUAAAUAAUUUUAUGCGCAUCCUCAUCCUCGUCCCUGGACUUCCUUGGCGAGUUCUGAUGAUGUGACAUCGCCGGCCAAGAUUGAUGGGAAAUUUUGUCGCUCGGUUCCAAGCCUCCUCCGCUCACCCACAUAUCGAACUGGUUUGAGGGUUACGCUGAAGUAGACUCAGAGGACUCGCUGAAAGAUGCGAAUUAAAAAAUUGUUUCAAUAGUAGAUUGAGUGGAGAAUAUGGAGUAGCUGAAAUAUCAACAGUACUUACAAUGUAACCUCUUUUUUUUCUCGUCUUACUAUUAGCUAUCACAAAAUUUAACAUUUUUUUCUCUAAAUGGAUGUAAUAAAGGUUGUUGUUGUUGUUGUUCUUGUUGAGGAUAGCCUGGGAUCUAGUCUAGGAAGCACAGGACGAAAAUUUAAUUUAGACAUACAAAAAAAUUUAACAUCGUAAUAGCCAAUAAAAGAAACCAUAUUGUCCUUCAAAAGAGUUCGAAUGGAUGAUUGACUAAGAUGUCUGUCUCUUAAUUAACGAGCUUAUGAAUACGUUGAUCGUUUUUUUCCAUGUUUCAGAGACGCUCCGGAACCAACAGGAGAAGAACCCGAAGAUGCAGAUUUAGAAGCUCCCAAAAUCUAUGAGAUGGUGAACGACUGAUGAUGUUGAAUUCAUCAAUUUUUUUGUGCUAUAAUUUCUUGACUUAAACUCUCUGGUAUUUAUUCAGCAUUUUCCAAACUCUUCUCUGUGACAGGUACCAACGCUGGAUUUUCUGAACGAGAAGCUGGGUCAAUACAUGUCAAUGUAUAAUGACACCGUCAGGGGAGCACACUUGGACCUCGUGUUCUUCAAGGACGCUAUGGUUCAUCUGGUCAAGGCAAGUGUGUUGGUUCAUCAGACAAAACAAACACGAUACGUUGUCAUAACAAAAUUUUGUUUGUUAUUUAUCAAUUCAGAUAUCUCGUAUUAUCCGCACGCCGUGCGGUAACGCUCUCCUCGUUGGAGUGGGUGGUUCAGGCAAGCAAUCUCUUACAAGAUUGGCUUCUUUUAUCGCCGGAUACAAGAUUUUUCAAAUCACCCUCUCAAGGUAAUGUAUCACUUAUGAGUCACAGACUAUAAGUUAAGGGACCUUAAGACACACCGUUUGAAAUCUUCGGAGACAGGUGAAUGAACAGGAUUGUUGCAGUUAAUUUUUUAUAUCAGUUAAUUUUUGUUUUUCCAUUGUUUUAAAUUCAUUAGCAUACAUUACCAUGCCGAAAAAACAAUGGAAAGAUAAAAAUUAACUGAAAUAGAAAAUUAACUGCAACAGGUUUUCUAUGUAUUUGUAUCAGUGUUUAAGGCAUAAUUGUUUCAUUAUAAGCGCUAGCCUUAAUUUUUCCGGGGUUUGAGGUCAAGUUCCCCCAACAGUGGAAACAUUGUAUUUAGGGUCUUUUAUAGUUUGUACUCUCUCUGAAUGACCUUAAAGAGCUUCUAGUCGGGGCUUAUUCAGGAAAGUUUUUCACAUUUAGGUAUUCGUUGCUUUUUUAUCAUAUCCUGUCAAGUGUAAGCUAGUUUCAGUUCACUAUGUUUCGGUUUUACUUUCGCUUUUGUUGUAUGACGGUUUUGUUCUCAAAUUACAUCAUACUGUAGUAAUUGUAAUAUUUCAACCGAAAACGAGGGGCUGUUGUGGGGGAGGCGGGGGGGUGGUGCUUAUUCAGUUUUUCUUUCACCCAACUGUAACCUUCUGACUAAAGCUACGAAAGAAAAUCAAAGUUAUUUGUAUUUCGUUGCUAUUGAUUUAGAUCUUACAACGUGAGCAACUUGAUGGAUGACUUGAAGUAUUUGUAUCGAGUGGCUGGUUUCGAGGGCAAUGGCAUCACAUUCAUCUUCACUGACAAUGAAAUCAAGGAUGAAAGUUUCCUUGAGUACCUUAAUAACGUUCUUUCUUCAGGGGAGGUAAGCCGCCCAACCCUGUUAAACAUACGGCUAGUACACCUCUUUAUAAACGUCUUUGCACCAGUGCUUAGCAAACGUGAUGAAUUUUUAAGUGAAACUUUACCACGCUUAAAGCUACAUCUGGUAUAGUGUCUCUUCAGGAGUGAAUUCUACUAAUUGCUGUCUACCUUUCAGAUUGGUACUGCCCCUCCUCCUUUUAAGCAACACUAAUGAACCAAUACAUUUUUACCGUAUCUUAUCUUGGUGUUUCAGGUCUCCAACUUAUUCGCCCGAGAUGAACUGGACGAAAUAACUCAAGGUUUGAUUGGACCAAUGAAAAAGGAGCUUCCCAGAGUACCCCCGACCAACGAUAAUUUGUACAACUACUUCAUCUCUCGCUCCAGGAAGAACCUACACGUUGUUUUGUGUUUUUCGCCUGUAAGUAUUCGUUCAUUAUCUUAGAUACAUGUAUUUAUUAAUGCGAGUCUUUGUGUUCAUUGCCGCCUCCGAGUUGUUUCCAUAAGGCCCAGAUCAACGUCGAACUUUUCAUGUACCGAACCUAAUACGUUUUUAGAUCGACCCAAUGAUAUAAGUUCGACGGUUGAUUCAGACGUCGCAGAUAAUUAGUUUGACUUAAUUCACUAUCACGAUGUACAAUGAUCUACAAUGCUUACCACUCGAAAUAAAUUGUAGUCAUUUAUGUAUUAGGAUCGGCACAUGAAACGAACUCGCUCCACAGUCGAAAUUCCCAUGUGGGUCACUCGAUUGUAAUUCAUUGGUCGACCCAAAUAAGAUACAGUUCCACCUCUCUACAACGGCCACCUUGGGGACAGAAGAAAUUGGCCUUAGUAAAGGGGUGGCCGUUGAAGAGAGGUUUUAAACAAGAGUCAAUGUAUGGAUUUUUUGUCCGCCUGGACCAAAAAAAUGUGGCCGUUGUAGAGAGGUGGCCGUUACCAGAGGUUCGACUGUAUGUCGAACUCAAUUGAUUCAGACGUCGACCCUCUCAUGUACUUAAUUGAAGGGAUUAGGCUCGGUACAUGAAACAUUCAACGUUUGAACUGGGCCUAAUACGAAGCUUGAGCAGCGAUGAAGUCAACGGCAACAAUAACGGCAAAAAAGAGAUAGGUCUAUGUUCACACUAUACCAGAUAGCCUUUGGGCCGACUCGAAAUUUACACAGGUUGGUGCUUCUGUUCACACAUAAGGACGGUGAUUUCGGCGCAAUUUCUGUGACGGAGCGUAGCUGGUGGCGCCGAACUCUAAAGGGGAGAGUCACAUAUCGGAUAGAAAAACGGUCGAAAAAAUUGAUCUGUACAAUAGGGAAUAUUAAGUGGUCGCGCGUGAUAUUUUGUCGUAUGUAUGGACAUCUAUGAAUUCAUCUGUUUCCAGCCCCUUCAAUGUGCAUAACCUUUUGGGUAUUAUGUUUAUCACGUGACAAAUUAAAAGCACUAUCUUUAGAUGAAUACGCUCUUAUGUGCUAGAUUUUGUAUCGUGCGUCCGCACUCCCAAGUAAAGCACCCAAGAUCUUAGCAACCUUACCAUUUCUUUUGGCACAAUAGGUGGGAGAGAAAUUCCGAAACCGUUCUUUGAAGUUCCCUGGACUGAUCAGCGGUUGUACAAUGGACUGGUUCACCCGCUGGCCAAAGGACGCAUUGAUCGCAGUAGCAGAUUACUUUUUGUCCAAGUUUGAUAUCACGUGUUCAGCAAGUAUCAAGAACAGCGUAGUUCGCACCAUGGGCACAUUUCAUGACGGGGUGGCCGAGGCUUGCGUCGAGUAUUUUGAAAGGCAAGUAUAUUGGUUUAGUGAAAACUAGAAAGGAAAUCAUUAGAAAACGUUCUACAAGCAUCGAUACAAAGCAUGUACAUUCUAAAGCAGCUAUUUCACGCUUUUUUCCUUUGGAAAAUCAGAGCCUGGGGUUCGAUGUUGUCACUUGUAAUCUAUAUUAAUCUCCUCCAUUCUCUACCACCCACAUCAGGGCCAUUUAUACGAGGAAAAAUAAGACGUGUCUUUCAUAAGAUGCGUCUUAAAUAAGACGCGAACUGGACCAUUUAUACCAGCAUAUCUCGUCUAAGACGAGAACAGCUCGUAUAAAUGGUUCGCGUCUUAUUUCUGUUGUUGACUCGUUUUCAUGUGAAUGUUGCCCGUAGCAACGGCAAUCCAACGUGGCGCGCCAAAAAUUAACGCAUGCGUACUAUGCGUUCGCGUCUUAUGUAAGACGCGAAGGUAAUUAAUACCAAGUUUUUCUCGUCUUAGAUAAGACGCGUCUUAUCUAAGAACAGGUGUUAAGGGCUUUCUAAAAUGAGACGCGUCUUAUUUUAGACGAAAUGUGCCGUUUAUACGGAAAGUUCGUGUCUUAUUUAAGACGCGCCCUAUGUAAGACGAGUCUUAUUUUUCCUCGUAUAAAUGGCCCUAUUAAUUCCUUUACAGUUUACUAUGUAUAACCUCAGGAUAGGUUUCCUUUAAUGUCAAUAUUAUUCCACGUGUUAUAAAGUAAUGAGUUUAGUCGAACCCCGCUCUACGGACACCCUUGUAUAUUACGGACUGUUUCGUUUGUCCAGACGAAAAGCUCUGUAUUUUCUCUAAAAUUAACCCGCUUGAUACGGACAACGGACAUUUUUCUGUGUCCCGAGUCACAAACUCCCAUAUAUCGUGAACCCCGCUUUAUGGACACUGGUUGCCUGUGCCGACUCCGGACUCCGACACUCAGGAAUCUAGCUAAGGUUAUAGGCCGUUUGCAUAACGGCGUCAUUAUACUACUACUACUACCACUACCACUACCGAUACCGCUACCACUACCACUACUACCACCACCACCAGUACUACUACUACUAAAAUAAAAGAUGAAUUCUGGUCUUAGCAGAUAAAACAAGUCAUUGUGCAAAUGGCUUAUUAACCUAGCUGCCCCUCUUGCUUAAGAGAGUGGCUAACAUAUGAUAUAUGCGUCAAUACUUCUCUACAGA